CCCUGUGAGUGAUUAUUAUCGUUCUCGGAAGCUGUUCUUUUUUUCCCCCUGUGGCCCUGAAGGGGUUAAUUUUCCCGAGAUCUGCUUGCUAGAGAGGCCCAUAGGCAGACUCCUUCCUACUUCCUAGCCUUCCACUCCUUGACUAGUGAGAAGCUCAGCUCUGGAUUGAUUGAUUGCUUGAUUUCCCUUCUGCAGCUUGAGAGGAGCAGCGCUGCCGGAGGUCAACAGGCUGCAUGCAAUGCAACAGCUGCAAGGAAGAGAGCAAAAGGAAGCCAAAAUGGAACCGAAAAGAGGUGGAAAAGGGAAAAAAACCAAGGCUGUACAGAAGGGCCUUCAGGCCACCCAUGCUAGAAUUGGGGCUGAGCUUCAGCUUCAGAAGCUUUUGAAGCCAAUCAAGCAGGAACCGGAAGAUGAAUUGCAACAGCGCUGGGAAACCCAGUGGCAGAAAUUCCUGAAGACUAUGCAGGCUCCUUAUUUCCCAGAAAGAUGUCCACAGCUGGCUCGGCCCCCACCGGAGGAGAGUCCUAAAGAAUUCCAAGCUUCUUUCCCCUCCUUGAAGGGGAUAGCAGAGACCAAGCUAAGAUCUAGAGAAGAGGUCUUCAACCAGAAGAUCUGCAGGACCUGGGAGAAGGACCCACAUACUUCUACGCAAGUGAAAGAAGAGAUUUGUGGUGAGGACGUAGCUGGCUUGGAAGAGCAGAGCCAGCAUUUCCGUCAGUUCCGCUACCAGAAGGCUGAAGGGCCCAGAAAUGUUUGUGGGCAGCUUUGGAGGCUUUGCCACCAGUGGUUGAAGCCGGAGAGGCACACCAAGGAGCAGAUCUUGGAACUGGUGGUCCUGGAGCAGUUUCUAACCAUCCUGCCUGAGGAUGUACAAGGUUGUGUAAGAGAAGGCAAACCGCAGAGCUGUGCCAAGGCUGUCAAUCUGGCAGAGGAUUUCCUCCUGAAUCUGCAGAGAAAACAGCAGGAGCUGAUGCCAUAUGAAGAGGUGAUUGUUAACUCCCCCAAGGCAGAAUUGGACCCAUCAGAUGCAGAGGAGCCCGGGAACUCCACGGAGGUUGAGCGUGUUAGUGAUGAUGACCCUCCCUUAUUCAGUGGUGGAGAAAGAUGCCGGAGUCACCACCCAGAGGGAACGGAGAAUGGAGAAUUAACCAGCACAUCCACAAAAGACAUACGAGGACAAGCUAACCCAGAUCCUUGCUUUGCUUCAGGACCUGAAAGUGAGGAGCUGAAUCUUCUUCAGGAAAGUGCCCAGGUGGCUGAAUUCGGUGACAUCUCCUCAGAAAGAGGCAGAGGGAUAUUUCUCCAUGUACCUGAAGUAGCAGGAAGGUCAGGAGGUCAGGAGAGACUGAGACAAACCCAAGGAAACUCAGCCAGGAAGAUGCCAAGAAAAAAUGUGGCUUGCAAGGAAGACGAUUCAGACAGAAGCCCCAGCCGGAAGAGGGUCCCUGAGCACCUCUCCCAAAAAAUGGCCACCGGAUGUGUUAGAAAGAGCGGCCCGUGUGUCGACCUCGUUCAACCAGCCAAGACCCCGUCCUAUGAAUGUUCCUACUGCGGCAAGCGGUGGCCCUGCCAAUCCCAACUCCGCCGGCAUGUCAAAAUCCACACGGGCGAGAGGCCUCACAAAUGCGCAGACUGUGGGAAGAGUUUCAGUAACAGCUCGAACCUCAGCCAGCAUAAGAGGGUGCACACCGGGGAGAGACCCUACAGUUGCAAAGGAUGCGGGAAAAGCUACCGACGCCGGGCCUCCCUGGUUCAACACGAGAGAGAAACCUGCCGGAAAGGGAACCCCUUAAACGCUCCGGCGGUGGGGUACAUCGUGUUGGGGAACUGCACCUUGCUAUGUAUGAAGAAAUCGGUGCGGAGCGGGAAAAAUCGGGUGAUAGCACCAAAGGGGGCCGAGGUCCCGCUCGCAGCUCAGCCUUUAAACCUACUAAUGGGAUAUUCACAAGAGAAGAGCCAGGCUGGCAGUUUAGAGGUCUAGAAAGCUUGAGUUGGAGAUGUGAUGCUGUCUUUGAUCGAACGGGCCUCUUGGCUGGGGUAGAGGAACACCCAAAACUUCCUUGGAAACGCAUCUGUGGGAAAGAUAUAGGCAGGGGGGUGCUGACCUUGAGGAAAACGCUCCUGUUUCACUUCCAACAAAAAAAAAAGGAUGAAACUUUAGGAUUGAGGCAGAAAAAUAUCAACAGAGGGCAUUUCUGAAGGAUCUCACAAGCAAGGUAGUUUGUUAGGCCUCCCGACCUGGAAAAGGUGCCAAGAAUAGGGGGGAAAGGUUCUGCCUGAUGAGUUGGGCCUAGUUGCAGGUUUACUAAGCCAUUUAGGGUAUGCCAAAGGGGUGGGCCCAAUAUCCUAGCUCGGGACAGUAAGGCUGUGUAGGAGCCUGGAUUGCAAAGGAACAAGAAAAAUUCAGAGCCUGUCCAGAUGGGAGUGAUGUACU